AUGCAUAUCAAAGAUCAACAUCCCUUAUAUCCGUGUUCGGAAAGCGAUAAGCAAGAAAUAAGAAGAGAACUAGGAAUGAAAGAAAGCAUACUCCAAGAAGAUAUUGAUGCCAUACUCGAUUGGUUUAACAAACAAGCGCAUUUGGUUCACGCUCCCAUUGAGCGAGACCAUAUUGAAAAACUGCUAAUUGCUACAAAGGGAUCUCGUGAAAAGACAAAGCGAAGAAUCGAUAACUUCUACAAAUACAGGUCCCAGGCACCUGAACUGGUUUUUUCAAGGAGAGAAGUGCUGACAAAUCCAUUAUACAACGCUUGGUCAUUUUAUCACCAAGCUGCAAUGUUCGAAUUAUAUGACAAAAAAAGGAUAUCCAUAUUUAAAAUCACGGAUCCAGAUCCAAGCAAUUUCGAUGCAGAUGUAAUCUUCAGGAACACUAUAAUGCUGGGUGACUUGAGAUUAAAAUUUGACUAUAUGCUCGGGGAGAUUUGGAUUAUGGACCUGGAGAAUGUGUCCUUCGGGCACGUAUUAAGAGUUAAUCCAUCAAAUAUGCAGAAAUUUGUGAAUAUAAUACAGGAUGGUAUUGGAUUUAAAAUAUUUGAAAUACAUUUCAUCAACAUUUCAAGUUUCGGUCAGCAUGUCAUUAAUUUUAUUAAGCAAUUUGUAAAGCCUAAGAUAAUGGAACGGUUUGUAUGCCAUGAAAAUAGUGAAAAUCUUCAUAAGUAUAUACCGAAAAAAUACUUACCGAAAGACUAUGGAGGCGAGCAGCCGUCGUUAAAUGAUAUGAAAGCUAUUUACAGAAAGGAAUUACUUAAAGACCUGUCAAAGAAUUAUCUUUUGGACUGUUGCCAGCAGCUUUCCGACGAAAGCAAGAGAAUGGGAACGAAAUUCCAGGAGGAACAUUUAGUAGGAUCAUUCAAGAAACUAGAAUUUGAUUGA